UGUAAGUUAACACAUAUAUAAUGUAGUUGCAAUCUCGCAUUAUGCUUGAAAGGGUGAGUGUGAGUAUGUUCAAACACGUUUAGAUGGUGACAUGUGAUAGGAAAAAAUAAAAAUGAGUCUUUUUCUUGACACCCGCAGCAGACCGGAGUAGACGUUAUUUUCUAGUCGUGAAUGCGACAGCCGCCUGUUUCGUCCAUCUCUUUCUCUCAAUGAAUCAUCUGGCCAACACAAUGCAGUGUUGCCAGUUCAUAAACGACAAUAGAGUAUUCGAGUCUCUAUGCAACGACUUCCUCCGAACAAAGUAUUCUUUAUCUAUCGCGCGUUUUCACAAGUUUUUCGUGUCGCUAACGUUCUGCAUGGAGGUCUAAAUUUUUCGGUAUCGCGUAAACAAAUAAUAGAUUUUAGCAGUGGCAUCGCUGCCAAUGUGCAAGAGAGCAAUGCCUUGGCGCGAACGUGAUCCAGUCGGCCGGUUAUUGGUUGUGCGACACAAAGAAGCUGACGCUUUAUACUUUUGUUUACACCAGAUGCUACUGUCAUAACAAGCGUACUUCUGCAGCUUCUCCCAUCUAAAUUUUUAUUAUUCGUCUGUGCGUGUGUUCAGUUGUAUGCAGCUAUACGAGCCACACAAUAUAGCGACUAAAGUGAUAAUUUUCUACGUGGUUGUACAAUUGUAAAAAAUAGGUGAAAAUGGAGUAUAAGGAUCGUGAAAAAAUUGAUUACUUAUGUGAUGAUCUGCUAAAAGAUAUUGACAUAACUAGAUUAUGGCCAGAACUACUGAAAAAUAAAGUUUAUAAUAGGGAUGAUGUAAAUAUUCCAAAUUGGCAGAAAAAUCUGUCUAAUCCAAAUACUGUACGUGAAAUUUGCUUUACUAUAAAAACUAGAGGUCCGCAUGCUUACAGAAAUUUAAUUAGAAGCUUACAUGAGUCUAGCCAUAAAAUGAUAGCUGACCUUCUGGAAAAUUAUGGUAUUUCUAACAAAGUUUUCAGUACCAAUAAUAAUGGGUCAGAAGUGACUGUAGAACCUGUAAAUUCUAAUGAACUAGAAAGUGAACUAUCGAACAAAGUAAAUAAUCAUAAAGACUUUGAGGAAAGCAAUAAUAAAAUACUACACGAAUAUCCGGAAACCUUAGAAAUCAAAGUCAGAAAAUCAGUUGAAUUCAGAUGUGGUCCAGAAAUUAAAGAUAUUGAACGAUAUCCUAUGCAAAGCCAUCCUCGAGGUCUAGUCUUAAUCAUAACUAAUACUGAAUUCGAACAUCUUACCCAUAGACCAAGUGCUACAAAAGAUAAAGAAAAUUUAACAAAACUUUUUGAAGAAAUGGGUUUUUGUGUUCAAACGUUCGAAAACUUAACUGGCACAGAUAUAAAAACAAGAGUAAAACAGUUUUCAGAGAGACGAGAUCUUUCUAAAGUAGAUUCAGCAUUUAUCAUAAUAUCAUCACAUGGUCAUGGAGAGUGUGGAAAACAAGAAACUGAAAUUCAAGGCACUGAUUACAAAAUGGAAGGAUACGAAACUGUAAUAUGUUCAGAUAUUAUGAAUUAUUUUACAGCAAUUCGAUGCCCUGCAUUACAGAAUAAGCCCAAAAUAUUUAUUUUUCAAACAUGCAGAGGUCUGGCUAAACAAAAAUUAGUCCCAAUGUUACGAAAAGAAAUUGAUAGAGAAACUACUGACGCCUCUUGUGAAGACACUUCUAAACCAACUGCCUUUCCAUCUCGUAACUAUCAAGAUACAUUGAUUGCAUAUGCUACCAUACCAGGUUAUGUUUCAUACCGCGACGGCAAUUAUGGAACUUGGUUCAUACGAAUACUUUGUGAAGUUUUUAUGAAUCAUGCUUAUGAAAAACAUAUAAUAGACCUCUUUAUAAUGAUUGAUGAUAGAUUAAAGGAUCAAAGAACCAGUAAUAAUGAAUGUCAAACAUUAUGCGUGAUAAAUCAGGGUUUCAAUAAACAUUGUUACAUAAAUCCUGGGCUAUGAAAAAAAAACACGCCAUUACCAGCUACACCUUAACCAAGUGCAUUUAUUUAAAUAGGAACGAAUAUUUUUUGUACAAACAUUUUUUAUCCACAUGUGAUUGAUUUUUAUGAUUAUACUAGGACUUAUAUAGCAAUAAUUUAAACUAAUUUAAUAACUUUUUAUGAGAUUUAAGCAUUUGAGUAAAUGACUGAGUGAAUUAUUAUUAUAAUUUAUCUCUCGAAUAAAACUGAAGGAAAAAUUGUAUUUAAUGUAAGCAUUGAGAUUUUAUACUUGCGGAUGUAUAUUUAUGUAUAUUGUGAUAAGAAAACAACGAUAAAAUCAAGUUAGGAAAACUUUUACAAAGAAACUGCUUAUCACCCUUAUUAAUUUAUUUUACUAAAAUGUCUAAUAAUAAUAAUAAAAUAUGGAAAAAAUAAAGAUAAUGAAU